GCUCCCGGAGGCGUCUGGGAGAACGGGGCGCUCCGGGCUGAGUCGUGGGCCCCGGGACACGGGUUAGGGAAGCGCGUGGCCGGGUCCGGCCGGGACACGUGGCCUGGGUGUCUUGCAGGCGGCGUGGACCCCCUGGUGCGGGGCCUCCUGGCCCGGCCGGCCAAGCUGCCGGCACAGGACCGGCUGGUGAGCGAGGAGCUGACGGAGCGGCUCUCGGUGCUGGCGCCCGCCGGGACCUUCGACCUGGCGUCGCUGAACCUGCAGCGUGGCCGGGACCACGGGCUGCCAGGGUACAAUGCCUGGCGGGAGUUCUGCGGGCUGCGCAGGCUGCACACCCGGGCCGACCUCGGCAGCGUCAUCGCCAACGGCAGCGUGGCCGACCGGAUCCUGCGCCUGUACCGGCACCCGGACCACGUGGACGUGUGGCUGGGCGGCCUGGCCGAGGACCCGCUGCCCGGCGCGCGGACCGGGCCCCUGUUCGCCUGCCUCAUCGGGCGGCAGAUGAAGGCCCUGCGGGACGGCGACCGGUUCUGGUGGGAGCACGCCGGCGUGUUCUCGGAGGCACAGCGGCGGGCGCUGGGGGCGCACUCCCUGGCGCGGGUCAUCUGUGACAACACGGGGCUCCCCAGCGUGCCCCCCGACGCCUUCCGCACGGCCACGGCCCCCCAGGACUUUGUGCCGUGCGAGGCCGUCCCCGGCCUGGACCUGGAGGCCUGGAGGGAGCCGGCCCCAGAGGACGUGUGCGGCCUGGAGCGUGUGGCCCACGGGGACGCCGUGCUGUGCGGGCCCCGGGGCCGGCGUGUGCUCGUGUUCUCCUGCCGGCGCGGGUUUCGGCUGCAGGGGACCCAGCAGCUCGCCUGCUCCCCCCGGGGCCGGGCCGGCCAGCCGCCCGUGUGCUCAGACGUUGACGAGUGUGAGGACGCCCGGGGCCCCCCCUGCCGGGCGCCUGCCGGCUGCAGGAACACGCUGGGCAGCUUCCGGUGCGAGUGCUCGGAGCCGUUCACGCUGGGAGGCGACGGGCGGACCUGCAUCGACUCCGGGCGGCUCCCGAAGGCGUCCUUGGUGUCCAUCGCGCUGGGCGCCCUGCUGGUCUGCGUCCUGGCCACCGCCGCCUGGAUGGUGAUUUGCAGGUGGUCCUCGGUGACGGUGCCUCUGUCCCCAGAUGGCGAUGGUCGUUCCCGGGAAGCCGGUCUGUGACCCGAUGAGGACGUUUCGGCUGCAUUCACCGGCCUCCCUCGUCGCUGAGACCUCCUCCUCUGCAGAAGAGCCGUGGACGGGGGACCACAGCCCGUCACCCCGUCAGUAACGGGGCAGCUCCGCGAGGGUCAUUCCCACGAAGCCCGGCCGCCUUGGGACGGGCCCUGCCCUGCGACCUCAGGGCCCUAUCUGCUCGCCAGCCUCUGUGGGCCCCUGGGGGCUGGACUUCUGCCUCGGACUCCGAGCUAAUGAACAAGGAGCCAGCCUCGUCCCCACGGGUCCCGGAAUAACCAGGCGCUGUGGCCCGGAAUCCUAGCAGUGCGAACAAGGCCACGCACUGGCCCUCAUGGCUGACAGCUCUGUGCCUGGCCCUCAGGUCACCUGGAGGUCACGGCACAGCCCUUGGUUGGUGGAGGGACGUGGGGUCCCGCUUGGCGGGAGUGAGAUGACCACCCGUCACGGCGGCCCCUUGGGAACCGCUGGCCGCUCGGUGGACAAACCGUCCCCCAAAACCCGUCUCCACCUGGGCUGCUGUUCUCCUCACAACCCACCCAAGAGGCACACACCGUCCAGGGCGAGGGCCAGGCCUCCCCCAGGCCUUAGACCCCUCCAGCCACAAGGCUGGGGGUCCCCUGGCCAGGACUGGCCUUCUCUUCAUGACAAAGGCAGACUGCGCCACCUGGUGGCCGAUGUGGGGAGCGCAGGCGUGGCCGUGGCAUCCAGACCCCCCGCCGGGUUCACGCAGGCCUCUUCCCGGUCCAUCGCGCCUGUCACUCAGCUGCCAGCCCCUCCGGUCGGUAGGGCCGGUUCACGGCUGUCAGAGAACAUGGCUGUCUUUCCUCCUGACGAAAGAACACGUUGCCAUAGACACAGACACUGAGAUUUAAAGGAAAACGCUCAGUCCAUAAAGCAUUUAAGCUGCCAGGUGAUUUAGCUUUAACACAGCUGUCGAUGGAUGUCAUGUCUCUCUCUCUCUCUCUCUCUCUCUCUCUCUCUCUCUCUCUCUCUCUCUCUCUCUCUCUCUCUCUCUCUCUCUCUCUCUCUUUAUGUCUGUUAGGGCCUAACGGCCAAAUCUGUUUUAACAGAAUCUUCUUUAAGUCAUUCUGCGUUUGUUUUUAAUUUGGAGAAAGGACAGUCUGGAUCUGUGGAUGAGUAACACGAAUUGUGAAAAACAAAAAUAAAGGUCUUA